AUGGCCAGCUUGACUUCAGUCCCUGUGACACUUUCCAAAGAGGAAGUGCCGACCAAAAAGAACAUCAGGAACAUUGUCGGCACAUUUCUGACGGAAGAAUGGCUAUCUGUGGAUCCAGAGACCCUGAUUGUGUCAUACCAUGCAUCGUUUGCCAACGCCCACUGUUCCGUGGAGCGGCCGAAGCCCGCUACUGGCACACCUACUGAGCCAUUGAAGGUGUUCAUCAAAUUUCAUAAUGACACCGGGGUGAGCCUCGAAAUAUUCAAGCCUCUGGCACCAACGAAGCAUGAGGAAGCACUUCUUUGCUACGAGUACGGCCGAACCGGACUGGGAGCCAAAGUCUAUGGAUUCUUCAAGACACAAGAUGGCACACUCGGGAGAAUCGAUGAGUUCCUAGAUGCACGUAACAUGGAACCGGAAGAUGCUGAGAAUCCAGCUAUUCGGGCAGAUGUUGCCAAAGCACUGCCGAAUUUCCAUGUGCUGAAUACAUCACUGGAGAAAAAUGCUGUGGCGUCAUACUGUGCAGCCAUCAUCGACGGACUCAGGUCUUACCACAAGAUGGACAAGUUGAAGGCGCUUGGGAAAGAAGGAGGCGUUGGUAUCGACAAACUCGUUGACUACGACUACGGGAGGAGGCUGAGAAAAGUGAUAGACAAGCUUGAAUCCAUGGGAGGAAAGACAGGGUGGUGUAUUCAUGACAUCCAAUUCAUGAACGUGAUGGUGAAAAAUGAUCCAAAGGAAGGGGAGAGCAAAAUCACCCUGAUUGACUUUGAGUUCGUGAUGCAGAACUACCGAGCAUUUGACAUCGGUGGGCACUUCAUGCAAAAAAUGUUCAAAUGGUUUGACGAGAAGAGCAGGAUAGCAGGUUGCAGAAAAUAUACAGAGGAGGAAAAAAGACACUUCUGUGACGAGUAUGCCAAAGAGUGGAACAAACUAACAGGUGAUUCUGAUACCGGGGAUCAGGUUUUCCAGGAAUCCGAAUACGGAUAUUUGUUGGCCAUCACAUUUGACAUCCAUAACAUGCUUUGCUUCAUGGAUGAACAAGAUGACAAGGAUCCCUUGAAUCUGCUCGGACUAAACAAGCUGUUCGAUGAGUUUGUGAAUCAGUGUGCCAAGCUUAAUUUAGAGGAUCCAUGA